UCUCUCAGCAGGACCGGCAGUUUCCUGCCCGGAGCCGGCCCUGCCCCCUGCCCGCCCUGCAGCGCUGGGUGUUCCCAAACCAGACGGGCACGGGCACAGCGGGACAGCGGGACAGGGACAGCGGGACAGCGGAGCCUCGGCUCGGGAACGAACAACUGUAAGCAGRUCCACGACAAUGCAAGAACCUCAACCUGCCACAGCACCUACAGCCCCCUAUGGCUACCCUCAGCCUGUCCCUGGGCCUUACCAAGGUGCAAUGAACUAUGGAUUCCAGCCACARCCCAUGGGAGUCCCAGGUGGAUUUGUCGUUCCCCCUGUCCAGAACCAGCCCCCCAUGGAUGGGACAAUCUGGAUGCCCAUCCCUCCUGCUAUUCCCAACUGCCCUCCUGGACUGGAAUACCUCACACAGAUUGACCAGGUAUUAAUUCAUCAGCAACUUGAACUUCUUGAGACUCUCUGUGGCCUUGAAACAAACAACAAAUACGAGAUCAAGAAUUCACUGGGGCAAAGGGUGUACUUUGCAGAAGAGGACGAUUCGUGCUGUUACAGGGACUGCUAUGGCUCAUCACGGCCCUUCACCAUCAGACUGACAGACAGCCUGGGCCAUGAGGUGAUAACGCUGCACAGACCUGACCGAUGUUCUUCCUGCUGCUGCCCCUGUUGUUUAGAGGAGCUGGAAGUCCAGGCGCCUCCAGGAACAGUGGUUGGUUAUGUUGUCCAGAACUGGCAUGCCUGCCUACCAAAGUUCACCAUUCAAGAUGCAAAAAAAAUGGACAUACUGAAAAUUCUUGGCCCAUGUACUACUGAGUGCAGCUGUUGUGAGGAUGUUAAUUUUGAGGUUAAGUCUUUGGAUGAGACUUUAAGUGUUGGGAUGAUUACAAAGCAGUGGACUGGUAUUAUGAAGGAAUUGGAUAAAGAUGCAGAUAACUUUGGAAUCUCAUUUCCAAUGGACCUUGAUGUGAAGAUGAAAGCUGUCAUGAUUGGUGCUUGCUUCCUUAUCCAAUUCAUGUUUUUUGGGCAUGCUAGUGAGCUCGCUCGCUAUACAUCAGGAGUUUGGUAACAAAAUCUAGAUGUACUGUAAAGAAGGAAGAAGAAUGUGGAUYUCCCAGCUSUCCAGCUCCAGUAAGA